AUGGGACGUGGAUUUUCCAAGCUUCGUUCCUGCUUUGAACCGGUCAACCGGACGGCGACGACAAACCAAACGGACCAGCAGGGCGAGAUUUCGGCCCCAACUGAGCCUUUGGACGGAACUCUAGGCCACUCCUUCCGCUAUGUGAGAUCUUCGGCUCGCUUGAUUUCACCCGCUCACUCGGAUCGCUUCGUCUCUCCUCCUUCUAGCUCCCUCCGCUUCUCUCCCACCGGCGAACCUGUUAUCAGAGCCCGAACCGAUUGCCCGGAAACUGGGUUCAGGGCCAUUUCCGGAGCUUCGGUGAGUGCCAACAAUUCGAAUCCGAAAACUGUUCUCCAGCUGGAAGAUAUCUACGACGAAGCCAAUGAUGAUAUCGCUCCUGAAGGUCACGUGAGGGGAAGUAUUGUGAAUGGGUUCGAAGGUACAUCUUCGUUUAGUGCUCUUCCGCUUCACCCGGCACCGAGAGGGGAGGUUCACUUUCUUUCUGGUCCAAUUGAGCGUAGUGCCCUCUCUGGGCCUCUUGAGGCAAACAACGCCACCACAGAAAGUGAAAGUGAGGUCCCUUUUUCGGCUCCUCUGGGCGGCUUUUAUAUCAAAAAGAAGCGGAAGAGGGCGUUUCCACGGUUGCGUAAGGCAUUUCAUCGGGCCAUUCCGGGGUUGAAUUUCGUGGGCAGAAAGGAAGUUCCGCCGAAUGAAGAUAAGCCGGAGAUGAAGAGUGAGAGUCAUGUUCAGUGGGCGCUUGGUAAAGCAGGAGAGGAUCGGGUACAUGUGGUUGUAUCAGAAGAACAUGGCUGGCUGUUCAUCGGGAUUUACGACGGCUUCAAUGGCCCUGACGCGCCGGAAUUUCUAAUGUGCCAUCUUUAUCGUGCUGUUUAUAAUGAACUAAAAGGUUUGUUCUGGGAAGUUGAAGAGGCAGAGGAAACUAACCCAUCAGCUUCUGAAAAUCCAUUGCUUGCAAUUGGCGUGGAAACUGAAACCUCAAUGGGAAAGUCCCGGGCAGAGGUCAAAACGGAGGGUGAAAUUUCAGAAUGUUUAGAAGAUUCGAAUCCUCAAAUGUUUCAAGCUGAAGGAACUGAAAGUAGACGACGCAGGCUAUGGGAAUUUCUUGAAGAAGACGAUCAUGAAGAUGGUCUUGAUCUUUCAGGCUCAGAAAGAUUCGCAUUUUCCGUCCAUGACGCAAUCAACAUUAGAAACGCGGGCUCAGAAGUUAGUAGACGGUGGCAAUUAUCAAAACUGAAGCAUGGAUUAUCAAAACAUAAGAGGGUCCAUGGUGGUAAGUUGUCACCGUCCGCACAACAUGCGAAAGAGAAGGUUGACAGAGAAAAAGAGAAGUCUUCUGGUGGAGGAAUAAGGAAGCGGAAGGUGGGACCCGUGGAUCAUGAUUUAGUACUGAGGGCUUUGUGUCGGGCUCUUGAAGCCACAGAAGUUGCUUACUUGGACCUGACGGACAAGCUUCUUGAUUCAAACCCAGAACUUGCUUUAAUGGGGUCGUGUGUUUUAGUUGUUCUAAUGAGGGACGAUGAUGUCUACGUGAUGAACGUGGGAGAUAGCCGAGCCAUUGUCGCACAAUAUAAGCCCAGAGAGUUGAAGUCUACUGAUGAAUUGAGAUGUGAGGUAAAUAACGAGGAAUUCAUAGAUAGAUAUGAAAGCGAAAUCAAGUUGGAGAAUGAGGAUUCUGGCCAAGAAAUGAGGUUAGUUGCAUUACAGCUUUCCACCGACCAUAGCACCAGCAUUGAAGAGGAAGUCAUAAGAAUUAAGAACGAACAUCCUGAUGAUAGCCGCUGCAUUGUCAAUAAUAGAGUGAAAGGUCGUCUUCAGGUCACCAGAGCAUUUGGGGCAGGAUUUUUGAAACAGCCAAAGUGGAAUGAUGCAGUGCUGGAAAUGUUUCGCAAUGAUUAUAUUGGCACUGCUCCCUAUAUAUCCUGCUCUCCUUCACUAUACCACCAUAGAUUAACCCAAAGAGAUCAGUUCUUAAUCCUCUCAUCUGAUGGAUUAUAUCAAUAUCUAACAAAUCAAGAAGUGGUUUCUCAAGUUGAGAACUUGAUGGAGAAGUUCCCAGAUGGAGAUCCUGCUCAGCAUUUGAUAGAACAGCUACUCAUCCGAGCAGCCAAGAAAGCUGGAAUGGAUGUGCAUGAGUUGCUGGAUAUUCCACAGGGAGAUCGGAGGAAGUACCAUGAUGAUGUUACUGUUAUGGUGAUAUCACUUGAAGGCAGAAUCUGGAAAUCAUCAGGCAGCUAUAUCUGAGGCCUUGAUCUUUCUUUUCUCACAUAUUCUUUUAAUCUCAGUGAGCCUCCAUAGCAGCUGAAACUGAUCCAUUUUUUCAUCAGUCAUGUUCUUCGAUUCCUUCUUGGGGUCUUGCAGAAUAACGGAAUGGCUGAUGGUAGUGUCAAUGAGCUCCCAUCAGGGGGCUUUAUCAACAAUGCAAUUCAAAAGCACUGAGCCUAA